AUCCCAAACUUUUUUUUUCCCCGGCUCCUCCCAAUAACUUCCCCCACACUUCCAUUUUCCCCAGGAAAAAAAAGGUUUUAUCCUUAAACCAUUAACUUGAACAACAUCCGAAUGCCCGUGAUUGACAACCCCGCCUCCGCAAUGAUGCAGCCAUAGCUCUGAUGUUGUAGCAAAAUGUCUCCCAAAGUGCCAAGCGGCCAAGGCAAAGGGGAAUAUUCGGCAGUUCAAGUCGCAGUCCGAGUGCGUCCGCUGCUCCCUAAGGAGCUUCUCCGCUGUCAUGAGAGCUGCAUCACUGUGGACCCCGAACUACAGAGGGUCACCCUGGGUCAUGACAGACACUUUCUUUGCGACUUCCUAUUUGAGGAAACCUGCUGCCAAGAGGAGGUUUAUUCUGCGUCCGUCCAGCCGCUUAUUGAUGCUUUCUUCCAAGGUUUUAAUGCAACAGUCUUUGCUUAUGGUCAGACAGGCUCAGGCAAGACUUACACCAUUGGAGAAGCUAAUAUCUCAUCAUUUCGAGAUGAGGAGCAGGGCAUCAUCCCCCGGGCGGUUGCAGAUGUAUUCAAGCUGCUGGAUGAAAACGACCUCACGGACUUCUCUGUCCGAGUGUCCUAUUUGGAGGUUUACAAAGAAGAAUUCAAGGACUUAUUGGAGGUGGAAACUGCAAGCAAGGACAUCCACAUUCGGGAAGAUAAGGGCAACAUUGUGCUCUGUGGGGUCAAGGAGUGUGUAGUGGAGGGUCUCGAUGAGGUGUUGAGUUUACUGGAAUCGGGAAACACGGCCAGACACACUGGCGCAACCCAAAUGAAUCCAAACUCCAGCCGCUCGCACACCAUUUUCACCCUGUACAUGGAUCAGCGGCGGGGAAGUUUGCGUCUCUACGGGAGUGCCACAAGUGGCGGACCCCAAAUGUUGUCUUCCAAGUUCCAUUUUGUGGACUUGGCCGGCUCCGAGCGCAUCUUGAGAACAGGCAACACUGGAGAAAGACUGAAGGAGAGCAUACAGAUUAACAGCGGUCUUCUUGCCCUUGGAAAUGUUAUCGGAGCACUCGGGGACCCCAAAAGGAAAGGCUCUCACAUUCCGUACAGAGAUUCAAAAAUCACAAGGAUCCUAAAAGACUCUUUGGGAGGGAAUUCCAAAACCCUGAUGGUAGCCUGCAUCAGCCCAUCAUCGUCAGACUUUGACGAAAGCCUAAAUACACUAAACUAUGCCACGAGGGCCCGCAAUAUUCAGAAUCGGGUCACAAUCAACUGCAAGCGGGAGCCCGAUCGCAUCGAAGGCCUGGAGCAACAAAUCAAGGCCCUUCGUCGAGCCCUGGAAAACCGCCAUCGCUCAGAGACACGCAUCAUUUCUCACGCCGAUCCCAACAGGAGGCCGCGACUUGGCGAAGGAGAGAUCAGCCGACUGCAAGUACAGGAAGCCCACUAUCGAACCUGUACUGACACUGCUUACAGAUUGCUACGCGAGCUGCAAAGUGAAGGAACGCUGACUGCCGAACAAAGUCUGAGAGUGAAAGAGUGGCUCUGCUCUGUGGAGGAGGAACGUAGUCGUCUGACGACCGCAUCUGGACCGGACAGCGGUAUCGAGAACAGCUCUACAGAAGAACAUCUCGCUUUAAGAAGGGAAAGGCCUUCCGUCAACAACCAGGAUUCCGAUUCUUUGGAGGAGAGGUGGAGCUAUGAGCGUGACAGCGUGAAGGAUGGUGACAAGGAGGAGACUGUGGUCAGGCUUCAAGCGCGGGUGCUGCAUCUGGAGAGAGAGAAUACAGACUUCCUGGCAGCUCUGGAGGAUGCUAUGGAGCAAUACAAGCUGCAGAGCGAUAAGCUACAAGAGCAACAGGACCUGAUUGCAGAGUUGCAGGGUCUGUUAGCCAGUCCCGACGUACGCGGCUUGGGCCUCAAUUUGUGCUCGCGGCCUCACACUGCCCCGAUUAGCUCCAUGCAGCAAAGCCAAAACGGAGCUUCACAGGGUGAUGAUCAGGAUGUUUCUCUCCAUGAGGAGCAUAAGACCUCAAGUGGAGCAGAAAUCCAUGGGAUCGAUGAAGACGGCGUGCAGUGUAACCAUCCUAGAAUGAGACAAAGGCAGGUGAACCAAACCUGGACCAAGAAGGACAUGCUCUUGGGUGGACGAGUACUCAGUAGGAGAGCACCAGCAUCUCAUCUACCCGAGUCCGACCUACGUCUCAACCUAGCCAGAAAAGCAUCCAACUCCAGUGUGGCUGAGACAUCUGUACGCGAUGCCAUGAGGGGCUUUGAAAGUGUUUCAGAAUCGGGCCUUCUUCAGGCCCAACAGAAGAUAAGGGAACUGUCAAUCACUAUCCGCAUGAAAGAAGAGCUCAUCAAGGAGUUGGUCAAAACAGGCAAGGAUGCACAGUCCCUGAACAGGCAGUACAGUCACAAGAUCACAGCUCUGGAAAGCGAAGCUGUCCAGGCACGUCAGGAGCUGCACGAGGCCCAAAGGCAACUUCAGGAGUUGGAGAGGCAGGAGAGAGAGAUCAGUGCCACAGACAAGACCAGAGCUCAGGAGUGUCGACGGAAGAUUGCGGCUGCUCAGAGCAAAGUUCAGGUUCUCAGUCAACGUCACAGGGAUACGGCCCAUCUGGCUAAUCUGCCGGCGCAAAGCGAGCGCCGGGUGCUAGAGCUGGAGCGCAGCGUUCAGUCAAUGAGGCAACAACAAGAGCUCCUGCAGAAGCGACUGCGCCAGGAAAGUCAGCAGAAACGUCGCCUGGAAACUGAGAUGCAGCGCAGAACUCACAGAGUCAAGGAACUUGAAAUAAAGAAUGAGCAACAGCAAAAGAUUCUGAAGAUCAAGACAGAAGAGAUCGCCGCCUUCCAGAGGCAGAGACGCAGCGGCAGCAACGGUUCUGUCAUCUCACUGGAGGAGCAACAGAAAAUAGAGGAGCAGAAACGAUGGCUGGAUGAGGAAAUGGAGCGUGUACUGGACCAGAGACGAGGGCUUGAAGAUCUGGAAGGCGAGCUCACGAAACGAGAGGAAAUCCUGGCCAAGAAAGAAGCCCUGUUACAGGAGCGCAGUGGUCUGGAAACCAAGAGGCUCCGUUCCAGUCAGGCGCUGAGUAAGGAUCUGGUGACUCUAACAGGACGCAUCGAGACCCUUGAGCACGAGUUGAGCGAGCGGAACGGCUUACUUCGCAGCAGCAGUGCUCAGGACUCCCAACAGAUUCGGCAAGAAAUUUCCAACCUGCGUCAAGAGAAAGAUUCUUUGCUGAAACAAAGAGUGGAACUGGAUGAUAAGUUGCGCCAGGGAAAUCUACUCUCACCUGAGGAGGAGCGAACCCUCUUCCAGUUGGAUGAGGCCAUUGAAGCUCUGGAUGCUGCCAUCGAGUACAAGAACGAGGCCAUCACCCAAAGGCAGAGGCAGCUCCGGGCCUCCGCCAGCAUGCUGUCACAAUGGGAGAUGAAUCUCAUGGCCAAACUCAGCUAUUUGUCUGCCUCCGAGACCAGAGCUCUCCUGUGCAAAUACUUUGACAAGGUGGUGUCACUGCGCGAGGAGGAGCGUAAGCUACAACUCGCGCUCGCCGAGCUGGAAAUGCAGCUGGACGAACAGCAGCGGCUGGUACAGUGGCUGGAGAACGCUCUGGAUCGCACGCAGCUCGACACCGACCGUCGGCUCACACAGCAGCAGAAGGAGCACGAGAGGAGCGUGCAGCUCUUACUACAGCAGUGUCGAGAGCAAAUGGACGAGGGCCUGGCAGGAAGGCAGCGGCAGUACGAAGGAUGGAUCCUCGGCCUCAGCAAGGAGCUUAACCACUACAAAGCAGCAAAUCUGGAACUGAGCAAUAAACUGAGGGAAUUGAGCGUCUCUGCCAGCCAGCCAAAGGAGCAGCUCAAAGUGCUCCCAUGUAACAGUAAAACACAAGCUGUCAGUAACGUGGAGAACCACGGGGGACGAGGAACACCAAUGAGUGAAAAACCUCCAAAGUCUAGAGAGGAAAUGCGGGAGCUUGUGAAUGCCCCUCUUCCAUCCAUAUGGAGGCGCUCUUCUCUCCCCACCGAGGAGCCCGCGGUGAUGGAGGAGCUGUGGCUUCGAACGGCUUCGGACGGUCCCAUGAACCGUGUUGUCCAAACCGGGCUGAACUCGUCCAGCGUUCCGACAUUGCCGCCCGCUAUGAAGUCUCGGAGGGAGUCCCGGCGGAGCAGCCUUCAUGUUGGCCCGCUCAAUUCAAACAAUGUUUUCAUAGACUUCAGGAAGAAUCUUGCCUGAAAAACAGUGUUUUAUUUUUUAAUUGUAGAAUACCUUUCAUAUUGUUUACUAAGGUUUCCAAAAGAAUUGUUUGAAAUUUUAUGUUUUCAUAUUCAUAUUUCGUAUUUAAUUGUUUAAUGGACUUAUUUUUAUACAAAGCACUUUGACUAUGGUAGUUCCUGUGUUAUUAAGAUAUAUGAGGUAUGGCCCUAUAAAGUUGAAUUGGCUGAUGUCAGUCAUUGGCAUUAAUCGAAAAUUAGUGUUAUUUUAUGGUUGAUGGAGGUGGCAAAAGAACUCACACUAUGUACUUAAGUGGAAGUAUAGGUACUUGUGUAAAAAAGACUGGUGAAAGUAGAUGUGCUUAAGUAAAAUGUCUUAACCACAGUUGACUGUACCUGUUUGCUUAAAUAUUUUUUUACAUCUGUAGGGGUUAAAAGAAAAAGUAAUAAUUUUGCCAAAGUAAGUACCGUAUAUUUUCCAAAUCAACAGUAAAAAGGCAUCCCAAAAAGAAAUACUGAAAAAUACA